ACAUGAGAGUCAUUGGACUUGCUGGUCUUCUACUCACUUUGACGACAGUCGCCAACUCAAACGUGAUCAGACGAUCCAAGGAUGACAAAAAUGUUGAUAAAUUAAGAUUCGAGGAGGAAGAUAUUAAAAUGUUCAGAGGCAAAGGUGUUUGGUUCUACGACGAUAAAGAAAAUCUUGUUCAAGCCACUCUUAAUGAAACUCUCAUCGUCACUAGAGGCCUAGACGUAAGCCAGAAUUUAGAUGAUAGUGUUUUCUUUAAACUAUAUACCAGAGAGAUUAAAGAAGGAUAUCAAUCGUUGUAUAUUAAUGAUGACUUUACAUUUUCAAAAAGUAAUUUUGAUCCUAAGAGGCCAACUAAAUUUAUAACCCACGGAUGGAUGAACAGCUACUCGAGUCCAGCUUGUACCCUUAUUCGGAAAGCGUACUUGCAGCAUGACGAUUACAACGUGAUUGUAGUCGAUUGGAGUGAAAUAGCGAUAGGUGAAUACAUUUCAGCUAGUAUGCUAGUGAAAAAAGUUGGCCGUUUUGUAGCUGCCAUGAUCGACUUCCUCGAGACAAAGGGAAUGGACCCUACAAAAACAACCCUUGUAGGACAUUCCCUUGGAGCUCAUGUAAUGGGAUUAGCUGGGUAUUUUUCAAACAACACCGUAAACUAUGUCGUUGGGUUGGAUCCUGCACUACCCCUUUUUGCGACAGCUACAGAAAGUUCACGAAUAUCAUCAGCAUCAGCGUCUUAUGUCGAAAUUAUCCACACAAAUGCAGGCCUUCUAGGAUAUAAAAAUGAAAUUGGGCACACAGAUUUUUAUCCAAAUGGUGGGUCUUUUCAACUUGGCUGCAAGGUGGACAUAACUGGUGCUUGUUCCCACGCUCGUGCUUUCAAAUUUUUUGCAGAAUCAAUCAUAAGUAAAGCAGGUUUUUAUGGAAAAAAGUGUGAGGACUAUGAAUCCUACAAGAAAAGAAAGUGCAAAGGAGAAGUGGCUUUGAUGGGAGACCCAAAACAGACCUUAAGGAAUUUAAGGAUAUUACACGCAACGGGAAAAUUCUAUCUUGAAACAAGGGAAGAUGCUCCUUUUGCUGUCGGUCCUGUUAAAUAAAUUUGUAAAAAAACGUAUGUUUGCAUGUACAAACAUCACGAUGAGAAUUGUCAAACAUUUUGGUUCUAAUAUAAAAUUUUUUUUAUAAAUUGGUAUUUGUUUUUGACUCAUGUAAUUUAUUGGGAAAUGAAUGGAACAAAUCUCAGGUAGUAUAAUUAGUAUUUCACUAAUGUUCAGAAAUCAUUUUUUUGUUUUGUUACUACAAAAAUAGAUGUUCGCUAAAUUUAUCCACUUGAUGCCACUAACUACGGAUAAUUAAUCAUAUGAAUUAAUGCGAGUUAUGGACAUGCAAUAAAUAGAGUCACUACUAAUAUUCGUUAAAGUCAUAUUGAUAUAUUGGUAUAUUUAUGUAUGCUAAGCAUAUAUCAAAUUUAUGUAUUGAUUUCACUGAAUAUGAAUACUGGAGUAGAUAUGUGAGUCUUAAGAAACAAUUAUCAUCACAACAGAUCCAAGUAAACUGAUUUAAUCAUUUGAUUAAAGAAGUGAUUAAUAUUGAUAGAAGUAAAUAGUUAAGGCCGAUAAGUGUUAAUUGAAUUUUGCAGUUCAAUUGUUUUUUCUUGAGCUAAAAAUUUCAUAAAUAAGAUUUAUGUUUAACAUGUGAUACAGCACUAAA